UCGCACCACUGUACUCCAGCCUAGGUGACAGAGCAAGACUCUGUCUCAAAAAAGAAAAAAAAAAAAAGAAUUAUUGGAGAGAAGAGGAUGAACCAGUGAGGUGGAAGAAAUACCAUGAGAGUAUAUUCUCUCCAAUGCAAAUGAAGAAAAUGUAUCCAGGAGGAAGGAGUGAUCAACCAGGUCAAAUGCUACCAAAAGGCUAAAUAAGAGAAGGACUGAGAAUAACCAUUAGGGUCCAGCAACACCAAGGCUAUUGAUGACCUUGACAAGAAUAGUUCAGUGGAGUGUGGGAGUAAAAGAUUGGCCAGAGGGAUUUAAAGAGAGAACAGGAGAAAAAAAAUUGGACGCACUUAGUAUAGACAGCUAUUUCAAGGAAUUUUGCUGCAAAAGUGAGCAGAGGAAUGGGGCAAUAGCUGGUGGGGAAAGUGGAGUCAAAAAAAAUUUUGAGAUGGAGUCUUGCUCUGUCGCUAGGCUGGAGCGCAGUGGCGGGUGCAAUCUCGGCUCACUGCAACCUUUGCCUCCCGGGUUCAAGCGAUUCUCCUGCCUCAGCCUCCUGAGUAGCUGGGACUACAGGCACACACCACCAUGCCUAGCUAAUUUUUGUAUUUUUAGUAGAGACGGGGUUUCACCAUGUUGCCCAGGAUGGUCUCGACCUCUUGACCUCGUGAUCCGCCCACCUCAGCCUCCCAAAGUGCUGGGAUUACAGGCAUGAGCCACCAUGCCCGGCCUCAAAAAAAAUCUUUUUUAACAUGUGGGUUGAUACUUCACUCAAUAGCUGUAGCUUAUUGGUUGCUUUUCCAGUCUAUUCUACCUCCAAAAGCUCUCCCAGAUUUUUGUCUCUCCAGCCUGUUACCCCUGCCCUAUGUCAGGCCCUCAUCAUCUUUUGUCUGCAUUCCUACAGUAAUAGUCCAGUGUGUCCUGCAGGCUGCCACCAGCAGAGUCAGCCUGAAAACCACUGGGCACAGUUCUCCCUUGCUGUUUCCUUUCCUAAAGGAUGGAAAUUGGAUGCUUGGAUGAGGGAUGGAUGCUGUUUCCUGUGUAUGAAUCAGGGUCCCAGCAGGAAAGACAGAACGCACCCCAGUGAGAAUAACGUGAGAGGCUGGGGGUGGUGGCUCAUGCUUGUAAUCCCAGCACUUUGAGAGACCGAGCCAGAAGGAUUGCUUGAGCCCAGGAGUUUGAGAUCAGCCUGGGCAACAUAGUGAAAAGCCCCCUAUACAAAAAUACAAAAGUUGGCUGGGUGUGGUGGCGGGUGCCUGUAGUUCCAGCUACUUGGGAGGCUGAGGUGGGGAGGAUCACCUGAGCCCAGGGAGGUUGAAGCUGCAGUGAGCUGUGAUUGUGCCACUGUAUUCCAGCCUGGGCAACAGAGUGAGACCCUGUCUCAAAAAAAAAAAAAAAAAAAAAAAAAAAAAACAGAAAAGAAAAAAAGAAUAAUGUGAGACUUGACUAAAGGGAUUGUUUCCAUAGGAAUGGGCAGGGUAUAGGGAGAUCACAAGGGUUAGUGCAGUUUCCUGAGACUGCUAACAUGGCCUGUUUCCCCUAGGACUGAAGAAGGUCCCUGGAGGGGAGGGAAUGGGAAGAUACAGGUUCUGGAAAUCUCAGUGAGGCUGAAGAGUGAGUUCCUCCCAAGAACCUGGAAAUAAGGGUGGCUCCUGAGAGUUACAAAAAACCCGCCUAGAACACAUGUGGGAGUAAAUCCAAAAUGGCUGGUCUGUAAAUGUGUGACUGAGUGUUUGGGAACCAACUAAAGUCUGUCAAGGGUGGUGGCUGAGGACGCCUCGGGGAGGUUGGGCUGGAGGGGGACCCUAUUGGGUGAACAGAAAUCCCAAUUGUAUUAAGUAAACUAAUAAAGGUAAAGCGUUUACUGUAGUGUCCAUCACUCAGCAAGCACUAAGGAAGUAGAUGCUUUUUUUUGCUUUUUUUUUUUUUUUUGUGAGACAGGGUCUCGAUCUGUCCCCCAGGCUGGAGUAUAAUGACAUAUACAAUGGCACCAUCUUGGCUCACUGCAGCCUCUGACUCCUGGCCACCUCACCUGGCUGAUGAUUUUUUUUUUUUUUUUUUUUUUUUGAGAUGGGAGUCUUGCUCUAUCACCAGGCUAGAGUGCAGUGGCACAAUCUCGGCUCACUGCAACCUCUGCCUCCUGGGUUCAAGCAAUUCUUCUACCUCAGCCUCCUGAGUAGCUGGGAUUACAGGCAUGCACCAUCACGCCCAGCUAAUUUUUUGUAUUUUUAGUAGAGAUGGGGUUUCGCCAUGUUGGCCAAGCUGGUCUCGAACUCCUGAGCUCAAGUGAUCCACCUGCCUUGGCCUCCCAAAGUGCUGGGAUUACAGGUGUGAGCCACUGCACCCGGCCCUGAUGCUAUUGUUAAACUCAGUUUGGAGAAAGGCUAUGUGGACAGAAGAUAGAUCACAGGGAAGGGGGGGUCCUAAAAGCACGUGGGGAAAACGUAUAUUCUGUCUUAGAGAUGCUAGGACGAACUGUCUUUAGAAUGAAGGCUGCCCCAUGACAGGAAGCAAGGUUUUAAGGUUACUUGACUGAGAGACUCCUCAUACCCUUUCCCCUCUUGGGGGUUCCAGACUCACUGAGCUAACUUUCUGGUAACUGGGCUUCCCAAGGGGUAGCCCAAACUGCCUUGAUCUAUUGAUGCAGAAAUUCGGUUCUGCUUGACAGUUUUAUUUCUCUGUGCAGAUUAAUACCUAGCCUUCUGGGGUUUGUACAUAGGCCUUUAUUCUGGUCAAAUGCCAGACCUGCAAAGGGAGUCGGGUCCACUCACUGAACCAGUGAAACUGGGUUUUGGAGCCAGAGGUCUGGGAACCAUGUCCCUCAAAACAGCCAAAGGUAUCCAUCUUUAGCAGAACUACCUUGUACCAGUUAAUCUGCAAUAAGUGACUAGGGAGAGAAUGAAGGGAAGAUCUAGCUAGACAGGGUAGACAAGACUCCAGGGUAUAGCCAGGAAAGGGAGUCCUCCUGAAGCCUUUGCCUCAUCUUAGGCACUUCCACCUUCAGGAAGCUUUCCUUGAUCCUUGCUGUACCCAGGCUGGGGUAAGUACCCUCAUGUGCACUUUUCAUGGCACUAACUAGUCACACUGGGCAGGGAGCAUUUGUCUACUUGUCACAACAUAUCUGAGCUUUUGGAAAAUAAGGAUAAUGUCUUAUUUGUCUUUGUAGCUCAGGGGCCUGGUGCAGAGUAGGUACUCAGUUAAUGUUUCUUGAGUGCAUGACUUGGCUGAAUGAAUGACUGAGACGGAAUGGAUUGAUUAAAGACAAGAGAGGGUGGACUGUAAGCCCCCCAGGAUAGUCCCCAGUGCCCAGCACAGUGCCUAGCAGAAUCAAUGCCCAAAGUGUUCCCGAUAUGCUGACCGAGGGUCAGAUCCCACUUGCCUCUUCUCGAAGAUUCUCUACCUGACCACUUCUCUCCUUGCUGCCGCUGGCUAGCACAGAACAUCCAGUCCCCGCUGCUGUACUAAGCAACACGGAACCGGGUGGCACCUAGACUUGUUCACUGUCGCUGCAGAUGUAGAGUAGUGUCUUUUCCUCCUUCCAAGCUAGUCGCCCAGGGCAGGGUCGCCCUGUCUGGCUAGGGUGCUGCACCCGCAGCUCUCGGUAUCUUAGGUCAGACGCCUGGAACGCGCAGGCCGUUUCUGUUCCUCCGGAAAACAAUCUCUGAGCUGCGCCACGACCCGUCCCUGCGGAGCAGGAGUGGGGAAUGGGAAGGUGGGAAGGCGAGUCCGCGACUCUGCUCCCCAACCCCAGCUGGCGCGGCGGCUUUCCACGCACCACCCCCCCCCCCGCCCGCCACCCCGAUCUCCAGAUCCUGGCUCUGGCGCGGUGUUCCUUGCAGCCCCACGCUUUGCAAACUUUCGGAGUUUUACUCCAUUUGCGUCACGGAAAAGGCAGGAGGAUGACGGAGUCCAGGAAGCGAGGCAGCGGCAGCUGGCAAGCUCCCCCGCCGGGCGCUCCAACCACGGGGGCGUGAGGUGUCUCCCGGCGAGGGCGGACAGGCGGAGGGAGAGGAGGGGAGGUGGCGGUCCCAGGGACCAGCCCCGGAGGCUCUCGGGCCCCCUCGUUCCCGGGUCGUUUCCUCCCUCUCGCCUCCGGGACUGAGCGCCAGCGAGCGAGGGCGCUGGCCAGCUGGGAAGCCGCGCGGAGGAGUAGGCGGGGGCUCGGCUGCAGCGCCCCGGGCCCGCGGGAGGGCGGAGCUGGCCGUCCCUGCCCCGCCGGGACGCACGGAAGUGCAGCGGAGUUUGCCCGAUUCUCCAGCCUGCUUCCCCCUCCCUCCUCCCUCUCCCCACCCCUCCCCUCCCCUUUGGCGAUCCCCUCCUUCCUCAGGACGCCACCUCCCGGAAUCGCCUUUUUGUUUUGGAGCUGCCUUCUCGCUGGCGGAGCAGAGGGUCUGUGAGCGCCGGGGAAGGCAGGCUGGGGGCGCAGCCCGCCCCCCACUGGCCGGGCCCCGCAGGGCGGAGAGGAGGACGGACGGACAGACGGCUGGCCGCGUCAUCUGCUCGCCGGAGCUCACUCUCCAAACUCCAAACUGUUGAGUGUGUGCGUGCACGCGAGGGUGGUGAUCGGGGGUCGUAAGUCCCGGGGCAGAUUUCUCCAGGUCACUUGACUUUUCUUCUGGGAGUAGGAGUUAGGAGAGACUCCCCUCUAACCCCCCAGAGGCUGCUAAGGGAGGAGGAGACUGUGGACAUGAGCCCUCCCUGCUCACAAGCAUGUGCCUGGAGACCUGAUAGGGCAGUUUCUGGGCCAUGUACAUUGCUUUGAAGAGCGGGAGACUGGACAGCAUCUGUGGGUGCUGAGACCCCACCUUAGGACCUGGGAGAUUGAACUGUGUAAGCGCCAUUCAGCUGCGAGUGCAUUCUUGGACUGCCUUGUGAGCAUCCUCGGUCUGGGCAGGACCCUCUCCUUCCCAUCUUUCUAUACCACCCAGCCCAGUCAUGGCACUGAAAGGCCGAGCCCUCUAUGACUUUCACAGUGAGAACAAGGAGGAAAUCAGCAUCCAGCAGGAUGAGGACCUGGUCAUCUUUAGCGAGACCUCACUGGAUGGCUGGCUGCAGGGCCAGAACAGCCGUGGGGAGACAGGGCUCUUUCCUGCCUCUUAUGUGGAGAUCGUCCGUUCUGGCAUCAGCACCAACCAUGCUGACUACUCUAGCAGCCCUGCAGGCUCUCCCGGAGCCCAGGUGAGCUUGUACAACAGCCCCAGUGUGGCCAGCCCAGCUAGGAGUGGUGGGGGCAGUGGCUUCCUCUCAAACCAGGGUAGCUUCGAGGAGGAUGAUGAUGAUGACUGGGAUGACUGGGACGACGGAUGCACAGUGGUGGAGGAGCCACGGGCUGGUGGGCUGGGCACCAACGGGCACCCUCCCCUCAACCUCUCCUACCCUGGUGCCUACCCCAGCCAGCACAUGGCCUUCCGGCCCAAGCCACCACUGGAGCGGCAGGACAGCCUGGCAUCUGCCAAGCGAGGCAGUGUGGUGGGCCGUAACCUCAACCGUUUCUCAUGCUUUGUGCGUUCUGGAGUGGAGGCCUUCAUCCUGGGUGAUGUGCCCAUGAUGGCCAAGAUCGCUGAGACAUACUCCAUUGAAAUGGGCCCUCGUGGCCCCCAGUGGAAGGCCAACCCCCACCCAUUUGCCUGCUCUGUGGAGGACCCCACAAAACAGACCAAAUUCAAGGGCAUCAAAAGCUACAUCUCCUACAAGCUCACACCCACCCAUGCUGCCUCACCUGUCUACCGGCGCUACAAACACUUUGACUGGCUCUAUAACCGCCUGCUACACAAGUUCACUGUCAUCUCGGUGCCCCACCUGCCUGAGAAGCAGGCCACUGGCCGCUUCGAGGAGGACUUCAUCGAAAAGCGGAAGCGGAGACUCAUCCUCUGGAUGGACCACAUGACCAGCCACCCUGUGCUCUCCCAGUACGAAGGCUUCCAGCAUUUCCUCAGCUGCCUGGAUGACAAGCAGUGGAAGAUGGGCAAACGCCGGGCGGAGAAGGAUGAGAUGGUGGGUGCCAGCUUCCUGCUCACCUUCCAGAUCCCCACUGAGCACCAGGACCUGCAGGACGUGGAAGAUCGCGUGGACACUUUCAAGGCCUUCAGUAAGAAGAUGGAUGACAGCGUCCUGCAGCUCAGCACUGUGGCAUCAGAGCUGGUGCGUAAACAUGUGGGGGGCUUCCGCAAGGAAUUCCAGAAGCUGGGCAGUGCCUUCCAGGCCAUCAGUCAUUCCUUCCAGAUGGACCCCCCCUUUUGCUCUGAGGCCCUCAACAGUGCCAUUUCUCACACGGGCCGUACCUAUGAAGCCAUCGGGGAGAUGUUUGCUGAGCAGCCCAAGAAUGACCUCUUCCAGAUGCUGGACACACUGUCUCUCUACCAGGGCCUGCUCUCCAACUUCCCUGACAUCAUCCAUCUACAAAAAGGCGCCUUCGCCAAAGUGAAGGAGAGCCAACGCAUGAGUGACGAGGGCCGCAUGGCGCAGGACGAGGCAGACGGCAUUCGCAGGCGCUGCCGCGUGGUGGGUUUUGCCCUGCAGGCCGAGAUGAACCACUUCCACCAGCGCCGUGAGCUCGACUUCAAGCACAUGAUGCAGAACUACCUGCGCCAGCAGAUCCUCUUCUACCAGCGGGUGGGCCAGCAGCUGGAGAAGACCCUGCGCAUGUAUGACAACCUCUGACCGCGUCUGCCUGGGCCCCCUCCUUCCCCUGGGCCUGGUCACUGCAGUGUACCCCACUUUCCCGACCUCCCUAUACCAGCAGUGGCUGGGGGAGGGGUCAGCGGUGGGGGAGAUAAGCGGCCUGUCCUGCCUCCUGGGAGAAGGAGCUUUCAAGGAGUCAUGGGUGCCCCUGGGAAAUUCCCCACUCCUUAGAAGUGGGGCACAGCAGGGGUGAGAAUAGAGUCAGGAGCCCUCGAGGCCAAGGCCUGGGCUGCCGGUCAGUCAGUGAAGGUCAGGCCAGGGUCUCAGCCUCCCCUAGAGCCUAUUUUGCUUGCUCACCUGGCCACUGCUGCCUUAUCCAUUCAGCAAACACCGAGGCCUGCUGCACCCCUGGGUCGGACGCUGGGCACCCAGGGCUGUGACAUGCCUGCUCUUCAGGAGUCCUCAGUGAAGGUCGGGGUCAGACACAGACAGAGUCAAUGCAGUAUGACUGAUGGUUAAGCGAGGGAUUUCUGGAAGCUCAUAGAAGGGACCACAGCAUUCCACGGUCAGGGAAGACUCCAUAGAGUAGGCAACAUUCGGGCAGUGUUUUGAAGAAUGACGAGGGCCUGCCAGACAGUACAUGGGGGAGAAGGACUUUCAGGGGAGAGGAACAGCAUGGGCAAAGUUAUGGAGGCAUGCAAACAUCUCCCUCUUCUCUCCCUUACUUUCCAAGCAAGUUAGGUACGCUUUCCAUGGGGAUUCUGGCUUGUGUGGUAGGAAGGGAUCUCCCUUGCUCCCAUGUUGCUGGCUGUCCGUACAUCACCCUGUCCCCUGCAGGAGGGGGCUACAGGCCAUCUCCCUCCUGUAGGCCUCUGACUCCUCUCCACUUUUGGGCCCUCGGCUUAUCUCGGGUAGGGGACCAUUGCAGCAUCCUCCCCUCCGCGGGCUCAAGGUGCUGAGGUAUAAGCCCUGGGCCCCAGAUCCCUGGUGACACCUUCCUGGAGAAGACUCUCAAAAGUGACUGUAUAUUUGAGUUCACCAGCAAUAACUCCCCACACUCGAAGCAGGUCCAAACCCAGGAUCCCAGGGUCCUUGGGCUCCGUGGCACUGUCUUCCCCAGAUCCUUCCUGUUGCACAAUGGGAAACAUAAGAGGAAAAAGACAGGGGCCUGCCUGCCCAGCCAUGCGAGGGAUUCCGUGCCCACCUGCCCUCUGCCUGCCUCGCUGGAAUGUGGGCCCCUGCUCGCAGUCAGGUUGUGCUGUCUCUGACCUAUGUUUACAUCCCCGAGGGGUUUCUGCCUCCUCCCCACCCAGGUCAGGGUGUGGUCCAGCAGCUUGCUGUGGGGUGCUGACCUGUGUCACCACUGCCCCCCUUGCCCCCGGGGGGGUCAUGGUCUCCUCCUGGAUGCUGCUCCUUGAAUCUUUUUUCUUGAUAAACCUUUUACAAUUAAGAUAACACAA